AUGCAGCCGGCCAGGGAUCGAGAAAAAUCCUCCAGCAAUGUGAAACCAAAUUACUCAUUAAAAUUUACGUUGGCUGGUCACACCAAGGCCGUGUCGUCAGUGAAGUUCAGUCCUAAUGGUGAAUGGCUUGCGAGCUCAUCUGCUGAUAAAUUGAUUAAAAUUUGGGGUGCUUAUGAUGGCAAGUUUGAAAAGUCUAUUGCUGGACACAAGUUAGGAAUCAGUGAUGUUAGUUGGUCAUCAGAUAGUCGUCUUUUAGUAUCUGCCUCUGAUGAUAAGACAUUAAAAGUUUGGGAAUUAAGUUCGUCAAAAUGUGUCAAGACACUUAAAGGCCAUAGUAACUAUGUUUUUUGUUGCAAUUUUAAUCCACAAUCAAAUCUGAUAGCUUCUGGAUCUUUUGAUGAAAGUGUACGAAUUUGGGAAGUAAAAAGUGGUAAGUGUCUGAAAACACUUCCUGCCCAUUCUGAUCCAGUUAGUGCUGUUCAUUUUAAUAGAGAUGGAUCCCUUGUUGUUUCUAGUAGUUACGAUGGUUUAUGUCGUAUUUGGGAUACUGCCAGUGGUCAAUGUUUAAAAACACUUAUCGACGAUGACAAUCCACCGGUUUCGUUCGUAAAAUUCUCACCUAAUGGAAAGUACAUCUUGGCAGCUACUCUUGAUAAUACACUUAAACUAUGGGAUUAUACAAAAGGCAAAUGUCUAAAAACUUAUGUUGGCCAUAAAAAUGAGAAAUACUGUAUAUUCGCAAAUUUUUCUGUGACAGGUGGAAAGUGGAUAGUUUCUGGAUCUGAAGAUAAUAUGGUAUAUAUUUGGAAUUUACAAUCUAAAGAAAUUGUACAGAAAUUACAAGGUCAUACAGAUGUAGUUUUGUGUACUUCAUGUCAUCCAACAGCAAAUAUAAUUGCUUCAGCAGCCUUAGAAAAUGACAAGACAAUAAAACUAUGGAAAAGUGAUACUUAA